UAAAAUUUAAAAAUAAUUGUCUAACAAAAAUGAAAUUCCUUUCACAAUUUGUUCUUUUUCUCGCCUUUCUUUUAAUUUUAUCGACAUUUAUUACGGCCGAAAUGAACGUUGAAUUUCAACAAGGAGGAAAUGGGGGAAGAUUUCGCCGUUGGGGACAUUGGGGUCAUCAUGGAGGAUGGGGACAUCACGGAGGGUGGGGGCAUCAUUGGGGAAGACGUUAA